AUGGGCUUCGAUCCCACCUCCGUGGACCUUACAGACCCUAAUCUCGACCAAGCGAAAGUCAUAUGCGCGCUACAACUUGGCGGAAACGAGUACAACGGCAAACUCGGCGGUCGUAUAUCGUCAAUCUUUGUUAUCUUUGUCGUAUCUACCUCUGUUACUCUCUUCCCUGUUCUAGCGAGUCGCAAGCCUUCCUGGCGUAUUCCUGCUGGGCUCUAUAUUGCUGCCCGCUAUAUCGGGACAGGAGUCAUUAUUGCAACAGCCUUUAUACAUCUUUUAGACCCUGCCUACCAAGAGAUUGGUGGCACUUCUUGUGUCGGGAUGACAGGUCAUUGGGCCGAUUACUCGUGGUGCCCAGCGCUCGUUCUACUUGGGGCAAUCAUGACCUUCCUCACCGAGUUGGGAGCCAAAUAUUAUAUUGAAUCGAAGCAUGGCCCCCAGACUGAGCGAGAUAUUCAAAUGAUGGUCACAAAUCAACCCAACCCUCAUCCAGAUAACUGCUGCGGUAAUCUGGAGGCUCCGUCGAAUCAAACUAAUAGGGAUAGUGGCGAUAACAAGGCAAUUAGUACAGUAGAGGGGCAUAGCAGGGAAGCUCUCCAGGGGAUCGCUUUUCGCCAGCAGAUUGGUGCCUUUCUGAUCCUUGAAUUUGGCAUUAUAUUUCAUUCCGUUAUCAUUGGACUUAAUCUUGGUGUUGUUGGCAGUGAAUUCUCUACUCUUUAUCCUGUUCUUGUCUUUCAUCAGUCUUUUGAGGGUCUCGGAAUUGGGGCGCGGAUGGCAACCAUCCCAUUUCCGACAAAUGCCAGUUGGCUCCCAUGGAUGCUAUGUCUUGCAUACGGAUUAACAACGCCGCUAUCUAUUGCCAUCGGCCUUGGAUUACGAACUACAUACGAACCCAACUCGUUUACCGCCAAUAUUGUGUCGGGAGUUCUUGACUCCCUCUCAACCGGAAUUCUCAUCUAUACUGGACUGGUCGACUUGCUUGCGCGAGACUUCCUUUUUGAGUGCGACAGAACAAAAGACGGGAAGCGAUUGAGCCAGAUGGUAUUUUACACACUCUCAGGAGCUAGUGUUAUGGCGUUGUUGGGAAAGUGGGCUUAG